AUGCCCAUAAAACGCCCACUUCCAACCUCCAAGCCCCAGCGAAUCAUUCCACAUCUCAACAAAUCCAAAUCUCCCCGACGAACCUUUACAACCCGGCAUUCUUCCCCUCCAUCCCAGGACUCACGCUCUCGCCUCCGCAGAUUCAAUGAUCGCCUACCUCCUUUCAUACGUUCCUACACGACUCCCCUGCUCGGUGCACCGAUAACUCACGUAACGUCGUUUCUUAUACUGCAUGAAAUCACAGCAAUCCUACCCCUGUUCGGACUGGUGGCCGCGUUCCACUACGGGAAUUGGUUGCCGGACCUGACGUCUGGUGACUACUCGGGAGGAACUGGAGCCUUUGAUGAAGGGGUUAAGAGGUUUGGGCGGUGGCUACGGAGGAAAGGCUGGGUGGAUGAUACGGAUGUGGAUGUUCUCGUAGCUGGCGGGGCUCAGGUUGAAGGACAAGGACCUUGUGCGGUAAAUAGGCAGGUGCCAGCUGAUAAUAAUGGGAUGCAGGGGGGAAGAAAGGGUGUUCGGUUGGUCUUGGAGUUUGCGACUGCAUAUGCGAUUACGAAGGCCCUACUGCCCGUUCGGGUUGCUGCCAGCGUGUGGGCAACACCGUGGUUUGCUCGAACUAUUCUUGUUACCGUCGGGAAAGGAGUAAAGAAGGUGCUUAGGAAGAAGUAA